CUUUUCCUCACAGAUUAAGUGAGGAAACAUGGAGGGUGAAAGAAUCAUUUAAAAUAACUUCUUUUGAAAUCUGAGGAUUUAAAAUACCAAACAUCAAAGCUAUAUUUCAAACUGGAAGUUAAAUUUAAUCGUCUGUUUAAAAAAAAAAAAAAUAUGUGGAGUUGUUUGACUCAUCGUAAACACAGGCAGCACCCACCUUUUGGCUGCUAACAAGUCUUAGUUAUUUUUGUUUAGCUGAAGUCUCAGAGAGCUGUUUGGAAAUUUCAAAUGCCUUGUGCUAUUUGUGGGUUUGACCCUCCUCCCUGUCUCCUCCUACUCCUCCCUCUCCUCCUCCUCCCCCGGUGUGUUCUUCCUCUAUGGUCCUCUAGUCACCUGACCAAACGCCAUGCAAAUCACUCUGCUGCUAGAGCCUCAUUGGCCGCUUGUGGCUCAUUUAACCGCUGUCACUGUGCAUCAUAUGGCCGCCGCUUUAACUAACUUCUCAACUCCGACAGGGAAAGUGGCUCCAAUGCGCAUUCUCUCACAGUGGAUGUGAAGACAGGCUGAAAUACCGGUUGGAGAAAAUUUUAUUUCCCUUUUCGGAUUAAUUUUCCUCUCGUGUUUGAUUCAUUUUGGGUUAGAAUUUCCAUCUUGAAAGCCAGCCCUGCUGUGCGCACUCGACCCUGUGCGCGCCUGAGCUAUCUUGAAAAAGACUUUUUCUCUGUUGGUGGUGAAGUUUAAAUCCAGGUGAAUGUAUAGCAUGAUGAUGGAAACUGACCUCCAUUCCCCCGGCCCCCAAACGAACACAACCACGGGGCAAACGGGGCCGAACAGCGGGUCCAAAGCGAACCAGGAACGCGUGAAGAGACCGAUGAACGCGUUCAUGGUUUGGUCCCGCGGGCAGCGCAGGAAGAUGGCACAGGAGAAUCCCAAAAUGCACAACUCUGAGAUCAGCAAGCGACUGGGCGCCGAGUGGAAGGUGAUGUCCGAGGCUGAGAAGCGCCCUUUCAUCGACGAGGCGAAAAGGUUGCGCGCCAUGCACAUGAAGGAGCAUCCGGAUUACAAGUACCGGCCCAGAAGGAAGACCAAGACGCUGCUGAAAAAGGACAAAUACUCCCUCGCCGGUGGACUGCUAUCUGGGCCCGCCGGGGGCGGUGGAGUUGGUUUAGGAGUUGGAAUGAGUUCAACCGGGGUCGGGCAGAGGUUAGAGAGCCCCGGGGGUCACGGAGGCUCGGCCAGCUCCGGCUACGCACACAUGAACGGCUGGGCGAACGGUGCGUACUCGGGGCAGGUGGCUGCAGCCGCAGCGGCCGCUGCAAUGAUGCAGGAGGCUCAGCUCGCCUACAGCCAGCACCCGGGCAGCGGGGCGCACCACCACCACCACUCACACCACCAUCACUCACACAACCCGCAGCCCAUGCACCGCUACGACAUGACGGCGCUGCAGUACAGCCCCAUCUCGAACUCUCAGAGCUACAUGAACGCUUCUCCAUCCGGCUACGGCGGGAUCACCUACACGCAGCACCAGGGCUCCGGCGUCUCCUCCUCGGCUGCCAUGGGAACGUUAGGGUCGCUGGUGAAGUCGGAGCCGAGUGUAAGCCCUCCCGUCAGCAGCACACACUCUCGGGGUCCGUGCCCCGGAGACUUGAGAGAGAUGAUAAGCAUGUAUUUACCGACCGGAGAGCCGGGGGACCCGUCAAUGCAGAGUAGACUCCACGCGUUGCCGCAGCAUUACCAGAGCGCAGCGGCUGGAGUGAACGGGACGGUCCCUCUAACACACAUUUAGACUCCCCGAAUAAUUGAAAACUGCAAACGAACACAUAACCAAAUAUUUACCUCUUUUCUAAACCACCCGGCCCCGAGAACUACCUGCAUUUUGUACAGAAUGUUUAUUGUAAAUGAAGGUAAAUAGCAGAUUCAUCUCGGCUCUUUUGGAUUAGCCACCAGUGGAAUUAUAUUACGAAUAUGAAGCUGAGAUAUUGGUUAUUGUGCUCUCAUCUUUUUGUCCAUCACUUCAGUCUUUAGUUGAGGGAUCCGCCAGCUUCACAUGCUGGUGUUUGGUUUAAUUGUCUCAUAAUUUUCUUUUUUGGGGGGAGGGGACUUCUUGUAAGUUAUUGAAAAUGAGAAAACGUGUCAUAAUCUUAAGAAAGUGCUUUAAAAGAAAUGGGAAAGUCACAUUCUUUCAAAACAUUUGUGUUCAUUUGCAGAAGCCUGUGUCUUAAUUCUUGGAAACCAUCUUUUUAUUGUAACACUAAUUAUUGUAAAUUGUGAAUAAUUUUAAUAUUUCAAAGAUGACGGGCAACUGCUGUUGUAAUUUAAGUGCUUUUCUGUAAGUGAAAAGCCCUGAUUAUUGCAAUGAAGAAGAAUUGAAUAAAUUUCACAAGAUCUUGCUUUGAUUCUUAAGACGACCGUCUUACAUUGAUUAUUUUUGGAUGAUUUUCCACCUCCUUUACCGCCUUUAGGACGCAUGAAUAUCACUGAAUCUCCUCUCGAGUAAAAUAACCACCUGUUUAAAAUUUCACACCGCUGCUGCGCACAGAUCCCACGAGCUUGUAGUUGGCCUAAUUGUGGAGUAAUUGUUUUCUAACUGUGCGUAAUUGUGCGUAAAAACUUGAGGCCCUGGAGGAAACCUUAUCGAUAGGUUGAGCUUGUUUCGGGUUCCAAACAUUUAUACAUUAGAAAUUUAACAAACUAAAAAUAUUUUUUUAUAUCUUUGUUACAUUUUAGUUUCAUGCAGGCCAAGCUUGUUUAAAGCUUGAAUGGAAAAUUUUAACGCCAGGCAAAAUGAUUAACUUCUAUAAAGUACCCUAUUCCCAAGCUUUGUUCUGAUUUUAAAUCAUCAUUAUUUUGGCAAAAUUUUGGAAGAACAUUUUCUCAAAAUAACUGACUACAAAGACUGUCCAUGAAGGCCUCAAUUCAGGAUUUGUUUUCUACAAAAAUUGACGUUCAAAAUAUUUCAUUUUCCCUUUUAAAGUGGCUGAAGAGAUUAGACUGUGUCCGCAAAAACAACAAAACAAUGACCAAAUAAUAAAUAAUAAUAAAAAUAAACGUGCAGUGAAGCAG